ACAUUUAUCGAUUUUUUAUUCAUUUCGAUAGAAUUACAUUUAAAAUUUCAUUGCCCAUCUCUAAUGCACUGCUGUUUGUUGUUAUUGUUAUUCAAUUUUCCACACGGCACGAAUAUAGUAAACAAAAAAAAUAUAUAUGCAUGUGAUAUUGGCGAGCUUGUAAUUUUGGAUCCGACUGGCGGGGCAACGGUAUCAUUAGGCCCAAGUUUUCCGAGGGGUCAAGUGCACGUCUUAGCUCCUAAAAAGAGCUUAAAAAAAUAAAAGUGAAUCGUGCCAUUACUGCGAAAUAAAACGGCUGCCAAGAAAAUGAUCGCAACUACGCAUUAGCAAUAUAAUUCGCACAAAACAAUCUUCCUGCCAGCACGUCAAAGACAAGAAAACAAUCAAAAAUAAAACUGAAAGUUUGUGCUCAUAAAAUUGUAUUUAUCACAAAGGCUGAUAACUGAAAAGCGCGUUGACCCGGUUACCCCAGCAAUCUAAAUUACGGUAAAAAUCUGCACGGAAGUCACGAAAACAAAGGAAAUAGCUGGAAAUUCCUAGCAGUCUCUUUCAAAAAAUUAAUAUUUCCUAUAUUUUAUAAAAGGCAAAGCUCUACCAGAGCUCAAAUUCCUUCAACUAUCUAUUCCAACUCCAAGUGCAUAUAAGAGGCUGAACUAAUCACUCGAAGGUCCCAGGACAUGACCAGGCAGUGACCAACCAAUCGAAAGAUCCAGCACAAGCCCAGACCUCCAACAACACGCACAAGUAGCCACAGAAAGGCCGUCAACAAUGACCACCAUCAGCAACAGUAGCUUCUUCGAGGAACACAUAGCCCUUAUUUACAACAGCCUGAUGGAUCAGUACAUGCCAGAGUACUUCAAGAGCUUUCAGUAUACGCCAUGGGUAUUCUCCCUCCUGGGAUCAGUGGUCAUUGGCCUCAGCGGCAUAUUCCCGCUUCUUAUCAUUCCUACGGACGAGAAAAUGGCCAAACAGGGCUACAAAGAUCCUGCAGAAUCGAAACUCCUAAGAGUUCUCCUUAGCUUUGCAGUCGGCGGACUGCUGGGUGAUGUGUUCCUCCAUCUGUUGCCCGAGGCCUGGGAAGGCGAUAGUCAAGAUCCAUCUAGUCACCCGUCCCUGCGCUCGGGACUUUGGGUACUCUCCGGCAUACUCAUCUUCACCAUCGUGGAGAAGAUCUUUUCCGGCUAUGCGAGCGCUGAUGACGAGAAUCCCCAACCGAAGUGUGUAGAAAUAGCCAACUGCCUGCUCCGCCGUCACGGUGGAAAGCUGCCGGAUGGCGAGACCUCUGAUAGUUGCGGCGGGGCAUGCGACAUUGAGGACGUGGACAAGGUGUGCUUCCUGCGGGAGAGAGAGCAGAAGUCAAAGGAAAAGAAGGAACAACCCAAAAAGGUGGCUGGAUAUCUGAAUCUGCUGGCAAACUCGAUCGAUAAUUUCACCCACGGCCUGGCAGUGGCUGGCUCAUUUCUAGUUUCCUUCCGGCACGGAGUUUUGGCCACAUUUGCUAUCUUGUUGCACGAAAUUCCUCACGAGGUGGGCGACUUCGCCAUCCUCCUACGCUCCGGCUUCAGCCGCUGGGACGCAGCACGCGCUCAACUUCUGACAGCGGGAGCUGGACUUCUUGGUGCCCUGGUGGCUAUCGGGGGCUCGGGAGUUACAUCGGCCAUGGAGGCACGUACUUCGUGGAUUAUGCCGUUCACCGCCGGCGGCUUUCUGCACAUUGCCCUGGUCACAGUAUUACCUGAUCUCUUAAAGGAGGAGGAGCGAAAGGAGUCCAUUAAACAGCUACUAGCCCUCGUAUUCGGCAUCGCGUUAAUGGCCGUGAUGACCAUGCUAUUCGAACACUAGGAACUAACAAGGACAGCAAUUUAAGCAAAAAAAUUCAACCACCAGCAGUUUUAGGCACUAGAACUAUGCGAUUUGGUGUUCUAAAAUUGUUGCUGGCAGUUUUAAAUUUACACAUGAAUUUGUUGUACUUUAUGGGAUGAUUCCUUAUCCUGUCUGCGUUAUGUAAUUAUAGCCAACAUGAAUGAUAUUUAAACUAUUGUUAAUAAUUACGUAUUACUGUAACAUACUUAUGAAACGAAAAUUCAAUAGAAAGUUAAGGGAAAGUCCUCGACUCUCCGAUAUCCAUGAAA